UCAAUCUGCACUUAAUUAUCAUAUUUUUGUUUUACCGUUUUACAUAAUAUUUUAUCAAUGGUCACGCCAUCACUGAGAGCAGACGUUACCACGAUAUAUUCUAAUGUAAAUUUGAAAUAUACAGUGUUGUGAUGUAGGCUCAUAAAUAAAUAAUAGAUUUUAAUGUUUAUGUUGUUAGGUAGAUUUUUGUUAGGGAUGUGAAGUUCAAAAGUGCAUGCAAUAAAAUGUCAAAACCUAAUGAAAGGUUUUCUCCAUUUGCUAAACAAUGUUUUGUGACAACAGGAGUAUGCUCCAACGUCAUCGGAAUUGGCUGCAUCGUUGGGUUUCCAGGAGUUCUUCUGCCACAGCUGCAUGUGCCAGGGUCGGCCAUCAAACCUAGCAAGGAGAUGGAGUCAUGGAUAGCCUCGGUGCUGGCGAUCUCAAUGUUCUUCGGAAACUUCAUGACGCCACCGAUCAUGGACCGUUUGGGGCGCAGGAUAGCCCACUUCAGUGUCACCCUGCCUAUCCUGACAGGCUGGCUGGCUACCAUCUUUGCCACCAACUCAGAGGCGCUGCUAGCUGGGCGGAUCCUGCAAGGCAUCGGCCUUGGCAUGAUGCAGCCGCUGCGCUGCGCGCUGCUCGGCGAGUACGCCAGCCCGCGCCACCGCGGCGGCUUCCUCGCCACCAUCGCCCUCGCCCAGGGCUUCGGCAUCCUCCUCGUCCACACCCUCGGCUCCUACCUCUCCUUCCAACACACCGCCGCCAUCAGCCUCUCCUUCUCUCUCAUCAGCCUCGUCAUCACCACCUACUCCCCAGAGUCACCCAGCUGGCUCGCUACCGUCGGACAGUACGACAAGUGCAGAGAAGUCUUCCUAUGGCUCAGGGGAAAGGAUGAAACUCCAGAACUUGAAAAGAUGAUCGAAGCUAGCAAGCAAAGAACAAACGACAAGAAACGCUUUAAAGACGUCCUAAACGUAGCGCAAAAGAAGGAAUUCUACAAGCCUGUCUUUCUCAUGUUCGCUGUUUAUAUCAUGAUGAACUUCUCAGGACCCAUUUUAUUUGCGACCUAUUCCACUGUGGUUCUCCAAUUAUUGAUGGGUCCGGAAAUAGAUGCGCCUUUUUGGAUGGUGGCGUUUGAUGUGCAGAGGUUAAUCUUCAACACAGGCGCUGUGUAUGUGAUAAACAGAACUAGUAGGAGAACGAUGAUGUUUGCUACGGGAGCUCUUUGUGCUGGGUCGCAUCUCGCACAGUCUGGCUAUAUCUUUGCUAAAUCAAAUCAGUAUCUUCCAUUCGAUUCUCUUUGGAUCCCUGGGAUACUUGUGAGUCUUCAGGUAUUAUCUUUUGCUGUAGGCAUGAUUCCGCUACCAAACGUAAUAGCGGGAGAAGUGUACCCUUUGCAAUACCGGAGUCUAGCCGGCUGCGUGAGUGUAGUAGCAUCAUCUGCAUCGAUAUUCCUAGUUCUCAAGACGUUCCCUGCUCUGAUAUUCAGCGUGGGACUACAAGGGGUGUACUUGUUGCACUCUGGGGUAAUCUCGGCCGGUCUGGUGGUGGUGUGGUUCUUGCUGCCGGAGACGAAAGGCAAAACGUUGCAGGAGAUAGAAGAAUGCUUUAGAGGAAAACCUUUCGAGCUUGAAGGUGGUAAAGAAUUAGAGACGCUUAAUAGAACUGAAGAGGAAAAGAUGCUUGAUAAAUGCUGAUUACAAGCUAAAGAAUUCAUAAGAGAACUGCAUGACUGAUAAGUUUGCCUUACAGUCUGACGCCUGAAAAAAGAGAGAAAGCGCACGUCGUGUCACCACUUACCAGAAAAUCUCCAUGAGGCUCUAAUAUCCAUCUAUAGAAUUUUAAACCACUUCGGCGGUGUGUUGAACUGUUGAGAACAAAAUUAAGAAAAGUGGCAACGAAAUAGCAUAUUGAUCCUAUCACCUUCUUCCCGAGGUUUAAACUAGUAAUGACAGUAUACGUAAUAAUAAUAAUAAUACUACACGCGUUGCCUCUACAAGGAGCUAUCUAAGCGCCUUACAGACGCUUCUGGUGACCAGAGGGCUGACCAGUACUUUGCUCAGCGGAUCAGCAUUGCUACCCAGCGGGGCAACGCGGCCAGCCUUCUGGGCACCUUACCCAACGAGCAAGACCUGGGCCAAAUUUUCUAUUUAUACGUUUUAAUGUACAGCCUCCGCCACACAUAAAGCGUUUUGAUAGCGUAGCGUCAGCGGAGCUCAAUGAUAGCGGUGCGCCAGUGGAACGCUGGCGUUCCGCUCGCAAUCCGCGCGCAUUCCGCUCGCAAUCCGCGC